UCAGAAGAAUCAAAAUCCCACAUGAGGGAGAGCGUGAUCGUGUUGGCCACAUUCAAGGAGUUGAACCACAUCGAAGCGAGCCUGGGAGCAGCGGAUUUGUCGUUGGCUCUUGAGAACGAUGAGACGAGAGAGAGCAAGGAGCUGAUCGAAGAGCACGAUUGGAAAGGGGUAAGAACUGAUGUUGGUGGUGCUGGAGGUGAUGGAGACUGGAAAGCCGAAAGGGGCAAGAAAUGAUGCUGGCCGUUGGCAGUGUUGGAGGUGAUGGAGACUGGAGGAAACAAGCUGAUCAGAGAGCAAGCGCAGUGGAGAUCUGGAGCCGGAGAUGAUGGAGGCCGAAGGGAGAAGUGGAACUUGAAGAAACAGUUGAUUAGGAGGAAUGAGGCUUAGGGUUUCUAAUUUUAGGAAUUUAAGUAAUUAAGUUUAGAUUUUGUG